AAAUGAACGUUCGUUCUACGAUGCGUUCUCAGUGUUCGGAAAGCGAGCAGGGGAACGACAUCAAUUUUUGUGUCCAGUCCCAGCGACCACAGUUUUUGUCCAGGGAGACAAUUUUUUGGAUUCUUUGGGAAAGUGAGGGAGGAACAGCCGUUUGAGAUUAUUCUUGUCGAACGAGACAAUUGUUUCGUCAACUUUACGAAAGUCAGGGUUAGGAAGGACAGCCGUUUAAAUUGAGAUUCUUCUUGUCCAGUGAGACGAGGACUUUUUUUAUUGUUUCGUCACCUGUACGAAAGUCAGGGUUAGGAAGGACAGCCGUUUGAGAUUAUUCUUGUCCAGUGAGACGAGGACUUUUUUUAUUGUUUCGUCACCUUUACGAAAGUCCGGACACCCGUUUGAGUCAUGGCUGGUCCUGCGAAGUCUCCUUUCCACCCCAAUUUCCGUCUUGCGGAGGGAGAGAAGCUCGUCCAGUGUCCGUACGACAAGUCCCAUUGGAUUAUUGACUCGAGGGCUUUCACCCACUAUUACAAAUGUAAGAGGAACUACGUCAAGAGGAUGAAGGGUCUCGGACUGGAUCCGGUCGUGGUGGGAUGUCGCUUCGACUGCGGGAUGCAAGUCUUGCGCCCAGAGUUGGAAAAUCACGAGAAAAUAUGUGAUCUGAAACCACCAUACACAGACGAGGAGCAUCUACACGAUGCAGACACUGUCUCUCGCGCGAGGAAGCUUUGGGCCGAGGAACGGGCGGAAAUUGACGCCGAAACGUUCAAGAAGCCUGAGAAGACGGCCGAGGAGGCGAAGGCGGCACGCGCGCGGGUCGUCCGUCCCUACGACGAGAACGACUACAGCGACGAGGAUGAGGAGGAUUGGGGUCGCGAAGCGGACGCUGCUGGACGGCCAACCUUUUCGCUAAUGCCGGCCCUCUACUAAUUCUCGUCGUCCUUCUCCAUAAAAAAUUUACGAUGUUGUAAUUCUAUGGAAUUACACAAAUUCUUUUUUUUUGUUUUGUUUUGUUUUGUUCCGUCCCUUCUGGAUGUCUCGUUUUUUGUAUUUUUGUAUAUUCCGAGAAUAUAAAAACUAUAUAGAUUUUUUGUCAAAA